AUGCUCGGGCUUGCAGGUCACGUUAACCUUCCUUGUCUUUUUGUUCUUACAGAGCUGACCCUGAACCCACCCGAAGGGAUAGUAGCAGGUCCUAUGAAUGAAGAGAACUUCUUUGAGUGGGAAGCUCUGAUUAUGGGUCCCGAAGACACCUGUUUUGAGUAUGGGGUUUUCCCUGCGAUCCUGAGCUUUCCGCUUGACUACCCACUAAGUCCUCCGAAGAUGAGGUUCACCUGCGAGAUGUUCCAUCCGAACAUUUACCCAGAUGGGAGAGUUUGCAUCUCUAUUCUUCAUGCUCCUGGGGAUGAUCCCAUGGGAUAUGAGAGCAGCGCCGAGCGGUGGAGUCCCGUGCAGAGUGUGGAAAAGAUCCUCUUGUCUGUUGUUAGCAUGCUGGCAGAGCCAAAUGAUGAAAGUGGAGCCAACGUAGAUGCCUCCAAGAUGUGGCGGGAAGACAGAGAACAGUUUAACAAAAUUGCCAAGCAGAUUGUGCAGAAGUCACUUGGACUUUAAGCUCACAAAGACACUGAAGUGUUUUCUAUUUCUCUCCACCUGACAAACGAGCAGUGCUCAGUGCUGGUACCAAAAAGGAAAACUUUGCAAAACUAUCGGCCUAGUUCUUCUUAUCAUUCAUUAUUUAUUUACCAUCUCUUUUCUUCUUCUACUGCUCCAGAGAAGCCUCUAGAUCACUCACUAAAUUGUGUGGAAAAGGGACUUGAUACUAG